AUGGACAGCGAAAACGAGAACGAGCAGGGGCAGGAACAUGCGCACGAGCAGGUGAAGAACAUGGAGGAGGUGCACGAAUUUGUGUUUUUCCAAAAGGAGAAGGUAAAGAGGGAGCAUAUAGAGCUAGUUAAGAAUAACAUCGAGGAUAUAUUGAACGGGGGUAAUGAGGAGCUGUUUAGGUUGCUUAAUUUGCUGUUCUUCACGAAGGAUGCCAAUUAUGUAAAGAACAAUUUGUGCAUAUGCCUGCACCAGUUAUCCAGAACACUUAGCGAAAUAAAUGUAGAGGAUACCAAAAAGAAGGUUUUUAAAUAUAUUUUGAAAAAGUUAGAAUACGGCAAAUACAGCCAUUUCGAUAGAGCCCUUUUUUGUAAGAAGUUUUUAUCCUUCUGUUCAGCUUACGAAGAUAUAUCAUCCGAAUUGAGGAAUGUAAAAAGCUUCCAUGACGUAUUUGUGAAUUGUUUAUCAUUUUUAGAUAGCCUCUUCUACAGUAAUGAUAAGCUGAGCGAAACGAGUCGCAAAUUUCGUAUGCUAAAGAAGGGGGCCAUCAAAAAGUUGAUGAUCAUUUUUGGCAACAUAUGUAACGUAAGUAAGAGUGAAAAGGGGGAAGAGAAAGAAGGGAAGAAGGCCAAUCUAUUGAAGGGAGAGGAAGAAAUCGAUUACAUACUAAAUGUGUACGCGAAGGAGAAACAUUUUUUCUACCUAAUUGUAGAAUCAUUUGGUCUAUUUUUAUGUAAAAAUAGCGAAAAAAUCAUUUUUGAUAGAAAAAAAUAUAUAGACAGAUUUACCAACAAUUUUCUUAACCUUUUAAAUUCGAACAAAGAAAAUUUCCUAAAAAUUAAUAGAUCAUUUAAGUACAUUUUUCAAAAUGGAAAGGAUGACAAAAUAUUCCAGAGCAUCCUCAAUCAUAUUCAUAGGUAUGAUGAAGUGGCACUAAUCAAUGCCUCUCCUUUUUAUUACUACUGUGAAAUGUACACCAAGGAGCACUUUUACACUCUAUUAGAGAUAAUAAUAAAUAUAAAGAAAAACAAAAAUGCAAAGAACUGUGACAUUCUCUAUUUUAUUCUGUUUUAUAAAUUUCACAUAAAUAAUGAGAAUGACUCCGUUUUAAAAAUGCUAAUCGAGAGAAACCAAAAGUUAAAUAUUGUAAAAUUCGAUGAGAAGAUCACUUUUUUAAAAACCGCCACGUAUUUACUUUCAACCAAUAGAAGCAAAGAAAUAAAGGACAUUAUUCUGGCCAACAAAAAUCUGAUAACGAACUAUCUGAAAAAUGAUUUAAAUGAAGAUGUCAAAUUGGAAUGUCUAACGUUUUUGCGAAGUUUCGCGAGUAUUCUAAAAAAUGAUAAAGAUGUGUAUAAAACGUUUGCACCACUAGUUUUAGAAAUUUUAGAAAAAUAUGGAAAGAACAACGACAAGUUUUUGCACUACUGUUUGUUGUUCUUCAUCGAUUUGGUGGAUGCCAUCGAGGUUAAUGAAAAGCUCCUUUCCACUUUUAAGGCCCACGUGAACUUUUGCCUGACGAAGCAGAUUUUAAAGUACAUUUACGGGGUCAACUUGUUCUUGCUUCUCUACAUGAAGAGUAAGCACGCCGCCGGGGGGGUUGCCACUAACAGCGGCACGAAGAACCACAAUAGCAAUUCCAUUAACAACCACAUUAACGAAGUUUUGGGGAAAAGCUUGUACAGCCAAAGCGAGCUUUUCUACCUGUACGAUAUAAAUGAGUUGAAAAAAAUCCCCCCCAACAAAUUCUUCUUUUACGUUUAUUCGCUUGUGCUCCUUCUGCACUUCCUGCUGGAGGAGGACAAGAAGACGCUAUCAGAGUAUGUGAACGAGAUGGCGGAAGAUUUCCCCACUUUUAUUCACUUUGACCAGUUGGCCAAGUCGCACGUACUGCCCGUACUACUGGGGGAGAAGAACGCCGAGGAGGAAAAGAAAAAAAAGACUCCUGCAAAUGCGCUACUAGACAGUAAGAAGGAAGGACUGAAAAAAGAUAGCCCAAAAAAUAAGAGGGACAAUAUGCAUAUGUUGGCCCUUCUCACCGUGCUGUGCAUGUUGCACUAUUUGGAAGAAAAAAAAUUCGACAAAACAGAGUAUAAAAAAAAAAAUGAGAAAAAAUUUCACACCUAUUUGUUGAGCUUAAAAAGGGGAGGAAUUAUUAACGAACAGAAUUGUGAGUACCAAAGUUAUGUGGACGACUUUGACAUGCUGCUUGACAUUUUGCUCAUGCAGAAGGAGGUGUGCCAAGUGCUGCUUCACUCCUUCUAUGUGUAUCUCUACCUAUAUUGGAACAGUGGCCCCCGCUUUAGGUACGAUAAUGGGUACGUUCUGAGGCGGUUUCUAUUCAUCCUUUUGUCCUAUGUGGCCAAAAUUGAACUGGACCAAAAGGAAAGGAACAACUGCUACUUUCUCUUGUUGCUGUGCUUAUGCCACCCGUGCAUAUUUUACAAAAAUUUGAGGAGCUCCGUAAGUAGGAGAAGGAUGAAGAGGUAUAUAUGUGGCAGAAUAUUGAGCCACGUUAAUCUAGAUGCGGUUAUAGCUUUUAUCGUGAAGGGCUCCGAUUACUACAACAGUGAGUUGCACAAGAGCGCCUGCUUACAUCUGAUUGAGAUGUUUUACAUUUUGGAAAUUGAGGGGAACACCGAUGAUGGAAGGAACUUGGUAAGCUUACACGAUGUGGAAGUUAAAAGGAAGCUAACUGCUUUUACGAGCAAACUGAUCGACAUGCUAGAUGAUAGCAGCGUACAAAAUGUGAAAGAAGACGAAAUUGAAAUUUGCAAAUGCCCGUUUAACUCGCUCUACGUGGACAAGAAUGUGUACCAGCCAACCAUCGUCGUAGAAAGCAAAAAUGUGAAGCGAAAUAGGCACCUGUUCUCCAUGUAUGAUGAGGAAACUGCGGAAAUGAUCAUGGAGGAGGAGCUGAACAAGAGCAAAAAUGCUACCACCAGUAGUACCAGCCCAGCGAAGGAUAAAAAAGGAAAUAAAAGCAAAGGGCUAACGAAGGAAGACCUAGAAAUGGAGGAAAUAAAGAAGCAAAACGAGAUAAGAAUAAAAGUGCACGAAAUAGUGGAGCGAAAUAAAUACAUCCUACAGUGUAUUAAAAAAAUGAGUUACAUUGACGACAUUUACGAUACGAAGUAUGUAAAUCUGUUUAUUAAAAAAAUUAUGGCCUUUUUGAAAAACGAUCUGACCAGCAGAUAUUCACAGGCCUAUUUGAAUAAAAUAAUUCAAAACAUGAUAAGCACAAAAUUGUUAACGUGCAGAAAUAAAAUUACGAGAUGUUUGUACAAAAUAAGUAAGUAUAACAAAGCAGACGGGUCAGCUCUCAUCAUUUUCAGCUCCUUCAAUAUGAAUGAAAAGAUAUCCUACGUGCUGACGUUAUUUUUAUUCCCCAUAGUGCUGCACAGCAUUAACAUAAUAAAUGAUAAGGACGUAACUCUCAACAUUUUGAAGACGCUGGAAAUUCUCCUCCACUCAAAAACUAAAAUUAAUGAUGAAGAUGCACUCAAGUGUUUACAAAUUUCGUUUGAAAAGUACCCCGAUUUGGACGUAGAAUUGGAGUCCUUCCUUGAUAACUUCAAUUCGUAUUUGCUAAGUGAAAAAAAUGUGAAGGUGCUCCUCGAACUUUGCAUAACUCAGAAUGAAAAACGCAGGAACGUUAUCAUAAAAUCGCUGUACAAAUUUGUGAGAAAUGAAGAUUCCAAUGGAGAUACAAACCUAUUUGACUCCAUUUUUAAGAACGAAUUUAUACACCUGUAUAUGAAUAUUUUCCAGAAUGAUUACAACGCGGAGACGCAAAUGUGCUGCCAAGAAAUGAUUCGCAUUUUGGGGAUUGCUCCCGUCGCAGAUCAGUACAAGCUAAUAGAUUUGCUGCAGAAAGAGUGCAGCGAUUUUCAAAAUAUGAUUUGCAAAACCAUUGUGGGGUCGACGAAUAGGAAAAAAACGAAGGAACUACUACUGCAGCUGACCUCCAAGUAUAUAACGUUUAAGGAGUAUGGGAAAAUAGGAAUAUUAAAAACGAUGGAAGAGCUGGCCAAGGAACAUUUUGUCAUCCUCAUCGACGAUGUAGAAUUUAUUUUAAAUUUUCUCCUAGGUUUAUGUUUAGAAGAAAAAAGCGACAUUUCGAAAAUUAAAGAGUUCGUCCUUAUGAGCGGUUCCUCUGUUAUUAACUCGUAUAAUGAGUAUUUGCUUAGGAGUAGAAGGAAGGCCACCAAAAAGAAGGGCAACAAAAAAGGCCCAAAGGGUGGAACGGGCAAAAACGCCAAGGGGAAGAAGAAAUCCCCCAGUGGAAAACACCAGUUGGACGAAUCUGAAGAGGAAAACUAUGCACAGGAAGAGGACGAUUUGGGGUAUUACUCCUCAGACGCCUCUGCAUCAUCCACGGAGGUCAGCAGCAGGGAGAACUCGAAAAAUGAAAACAAAGAGUUGGAAGAAGCCUUCCAGAGGAUUUACAAAGUCCUGAACAAAUAUCGAGACAACAAAAAGAGCAACAACAAAAGUGUGGUCGACUUGGUCGUUGUGAUGUUUUACGGGUGCUUAGGAGCCAACUUGAAAAAGGAAUCCCUUGAGCUGUUAAACAAGCUGAUAGAACAGAUUCUGCACAAAGACACGGACAAUUUUACCCAGAUAGAGAUAAGCGGUAUAAUCCCUAAGUUUAUAGAAAAUUUAAAAAGCGAUAGGGAAGACCUCGAUGAGGAGUACGAUGAUGAGGAGCUUGACGAGUUCGAUCAGAUGAACCCCAACAUGGCAUGGUCGGUAGUUAGCAGGAUGAACAGCGCGAAUAGGAAGAAAACAGUCACGUUUUACAUCGACGGGCAGGUGCACAGCUCUCCUAAGGGGGCAAAAGGGGGAGCAUCCGCCGUAGCAGCUGCGGUAGCAGCUGAGGGAGGUGAUGGACUGAUUUACCUGGAAAACUACGACGUAGGCAUAUUGGUGGAAAAAAUAUUCUCCAUUAUUCAAACGCACAAGGAUUUGAAAGUGAGAAAAGGGUGCUGCCUACUCCUAGGAAGUGUCAUAAAGGCACACGGCAUGCACAUACUGAAAAGGUUCAACAUUUUGGGCAAAAUAAACUGCAACAUAUAUUCAGAAGAUGUAAUUAAGAGGCAGAGUUUUUACCUCACCUAUGGAUAUUUAUUCAAAGUGUUGAAGAUAAAAUUCGAGCCGUACAUUUUAAAAAACUUCAAAUUGUUGCUAGAGUGCUACAAGGAUAACGUAAACAAUAUAAAGGUCCUUGGGAUAAGUGUCAUUGAAGAAAUUCUGAAUGAUUUGGGUCAGUACGGAUUGAAGAAAAUUUUACCCUUUAUAAUUUUUAGCUUAAAAAAUUCCAGCAUAAGAAAUAAAGACGUAGUAUCCUAUUUGGACACCCUGCAUUUGAUCAUUUCAAAGUUUGACAUCGUCUGCUAUGUGGACAAUCAGACGCUGGCGAAUUUGGUGAAUUUACUGUGCGAGUUGGUCUCCGAAACGAAUUCCAAAGUGAGGGAAAUAUGCAUAAGGAUUUUUAACAAGCUGGAAAAAAUGAUACAAAAUAGUGAAAUGAAGAAUAUAAGUAGGCAGCUUUUGUUAUGUAUUUACUCCCCAAAUGAUAACCAUUUGUGCGAUUUUUUGGACAUUUUUUCUGCCAGUUCAUUUGAGUACAAAAUUGAUAACAUUUCGCUGUGCCUACUGUUCCCAGUUAUUAAGAAAGGAAUAAAUAACAUCCGAUUGGAUCUGAAGAAGAAAGCUUUGCAAAUUUUAUAUUUCCUAAUUUAUCUGGUGAGUGAUCAGUCCUUGUUCAUUAUCUACUACGAUAGCAUAUUCAAAAUUUUAAUCGUUCUUUUGAAUGAUGCCAUUCCAGAGAUAAGAUUUCUGACGGCCAAAUCGGUUGGAAAUAUUUGCUACUUCUUAGAUGUGAAUAAGAAGCUGUACUACAUUCAGUACAUUUUUAACAUCCUCAUUAACACCGAAUCGUCGGUGGAGAAGAGCGGCGUCUCUUUAUGCCUGUCGUCCAUCCUGGCCAAGUGCUCAGAGACCAUUGCUGAGAGUUUUAUUUCUACUGUUGUGCGUCUCAUCGAUGUGAAGAAAUACAUCGAGCUGAAGAAUAGGCAUGGGAAGAAAGUGAAGCAAAGGGAGGCGAAGAUGAUUAAAGGUGGGAAGAAAGUAGGCAAGAAGGGAGGCAAGAGGAGGGGCUCUGGAAAAGGCUCCAAAUUGAGAGCAAAAGGCAAAGCCGCAAUUGAGUUCUCCGAUGAGGAGGAGGACGACGAGGAGGAUGGGGUGCAGUUCGUUGAUAGCGACACGGAAGGGGAGGAAGACGCUGACUACGAGGAGGUUGACGAUGAGGAGGAGGAUGACGAUGAGGAGGCGGAUGACGAUGAGGAGGCGGAUGACGAUGAGGAGGCGGAUGGCGAUGAGGAGGCGGACGACGAGGAAGACGAAGCGGAUGAUGAGGAGGACGAGGACGAUGAGGGAGACGAGGGCGACCGCGACGACCAGAGCAGCGCGGGCGAAAUAUACACCCGCUCGGACGAGAGCGAAGACGAGUUUGAAGCGGACGAAGAGGGUAGGCCAUCCAGGGGGAGAAGCUACUACGAUGAGGAGGAAGAGGAGGAGGAAGAAGACGAAGACGAGGAGGAAGACGACGAAGGGGACGACUCGCUCACCGAGGAAGAAAGCGAUAGUGAUGACGACCUGUUGAGCAAAAAUGCUGAAAAGAAGUCGACCUACUUGAGCGGACUGUACUUAAUAGAAAAGAACGAAGAGGAUGACUACCGCAUCCAGAUAGAUGACGAUUUGGCAAAUUGGAACCUGAUGUAUGAUAAGAAAAUUAUAAAAAAUGAAAACUCGAAGGAGGGACUAAUUGGCUUCUUCAUAUACAUCCCGGAGUGUGCCCCAAGAUAUACAGAAAAAUUUUUAAAAAAAAUAUUGCAAAAGUUGUUGCUCUGCCUUAACGACGCAAGUGAGAAAAUAAGGGACAUCGCCCUGAGGUCAUGCAAGGUGCUGAUAGGUAUAUUCUCCAAAAAUAACACGUCGCUCAUUUUGAAGUUUAUAGAAAAUAAGAUAUAUAAUAGUUAUUGGCGAAUUAGAAAGGACACUGUACUCUUGCUCAAUGUACUGAUUGAAAAAAAUAUAGAAAUUAAUAAGGAAGAAAAGGACAUAGAAACUUUGAACCUGUUGCACGAGAGGUUUUACUUCAUGUUGUCCCUCAUAUGCAUAAUGAGAAAUGACAAGAAUGUAAAUGUGAGGCAAACCGCCUAUAGUAUUUAUAAGAACUACGUAAAUAAGAGAAUACUGCAGGAAAUGUGGCCCAUACUGCUAAAAAAGAUCACGCAGAAUUUAUCAUCCAGGAGUACUUCUAAGCAAGUGAUCAGCGCGUCAGCUUUGAGCGAUUUAGUUUUCAAGACGGACUCGAAUAAUUUGGAAAGCAUAUUAGAAAAUAUGGUGAACGAGUUUAAGACGACCAAGUAUACCUCCAUCAGGAAGGGAAUUUCUCUCGGAUUUUGUGAAAUUUUUUCCAAAAAUAAGUACCACCAUUUGGUUGUUGCUCAUGUGCAUAACAUCAUUUAUAUGAUUAAAGAAUUGGCGAAUCACAAGAACACAGGAGAUAUAAUAAAAUUACUCUCCUUUUUGCUAAAAAAUAUUGACCAAGUUGUUUUGAAGGGCAUCAUUAACGACUUUGUAAAUGACGUUCUGAUUGCCAGUGAAAAUAGGAAUAGCCUGAAAAGGUUCACCUCCAAGCAGUAUAUCAGUUUUAAGAGCAUUAAAAUAUUUCUGAAUGUGCACACAGAAUUGGUCAUUGAUCUUAUUGUGGAUAAGGCCUUGGUACCUCCAUACAGCGCUGCGAAGAUGAAGCUGUUGUCCUACGUUUCGUACGCCAAGUUGAGCAGCUACUCUGUGCUGUUUAAAAAACUUGUGCACAUUUUCAUCAAUUUGAUAGUGCGCGGAUUGGGGGAGUUUAGGAGCCACGGCUUUGACAUGAAAAACUACGCCGCGGUUGCGUCGUACAGCAUGGGUGAGGACGAUCAGGGGGGCUGGAAGAAGGAGGCCGCUGCUCCUACGGAGGAGUUAAAAGUGGGCAAGUCGGACGGGGAAGAGGUGGAGGAAGAAGCGGGUGAGGAGGCGGAUGAGGAGGAGGAAGAAGACGAAGAUGAGGAGGAAGAGGAGGAAGAAGAGGAGGAAGACCUGGACGGCAUUGACGAACCCGAAGCGGAAGAGGACAAUGGAGCCUUCCAAACGGAUAUGAAAAUACCAGACAUUAUAAUCUCCCUUAAGUGCUUCCUAAAAAAUAUAAGCGACAGAAAUGUGGACACACUGACGGAGAUCCUCUUUGCGGAGUUGCGAAAAAACGACAGCUCGGAAGAUUUGUCCUACGCCAGUUUGGAAAAAUGGGAAGACGAGGAAAAUCCCUCAGAUGGGAACACCGCGCAGGGAGACAACACAGACUUGAACUGCACGUAUAAUUACGCCAAAAUUUGCAGUGCAGGCAAAUUAGCCGAACUGAAAAAAUUCGAAAGCACAAAGAGAAGUGGCAAAGUGAGGGAAAUCAUUCUCUCCAUUUUUAAGUACCUCCUGGAUAUCAUAAACGAAAGGGACAUCUCAGCACUGGGUAAUGACUCCCCAGCAGUGAACCCUUCAAAUGUGACAGAUUUGAGUGGCAGCCGUAAUAAGGGCAAAACGCGAAGAAACAAACGGGCGCACAUACUAAACUCGUAUAGAAUAAUUAGUUACAUCAGCAUGAUGUCGAAAUAUGCCCUAAUAGAUAUCAACAAGAAGGUGCUGGAAAUCGCGUCCAUCAUAUAUGUGUACCUAAUUGAGGUGAUAAAAGUGCUGGAUAGUAACUGCGCCUAUGUGGAGACCUUCCACGAUGUUAUAAACAAGUACAGCAGUGAUAGCAAUUUUGUUCAAGUGCCAGAUGGGAAAUACGAAAUUGUGGGGUUAAAUAUGAGCAAGAAAUUGUUCGCCUCCCUGGUAGGCAUGUGCACGCAUGUAAUAUUGCUCUCAACAAAUCCGAAUGUAAAAAUUAAAGCAAUCGACAUCGUAAGGAUGAUAUUUUUAUAUACCAGUAAGGAGGUGUCCAGCCCCCAAAUUUUGAAGGUAUCUGGAAUUUUAAUAAGAGUAUUAACCAAUAAAUAUAUUGAGCAAGCCAAAAUUUACAUCUUCUCAACGUUCGAAGUGCUAAUUAGGAAGGGCAGCAAUUUUAUUCGACCCCUGAUUCCGCAACUGCAAACGUGUAUAAUAAAAUCGCUGAGUAAUGAAAAAUUGAAAAACCAAAUUAUCCACAUUUUGAAUAUCAUUUCGGAGAAGAAACUCUCCAGGGUGGAUUUGCUGAUCAACGAUUUGCUGAACAAUAUUAAUAUACAGACAAAUCCGCAGCAGUCCAUAACGAUUUUUAUGAUUUUGUCGAACAUUUUGAGCAGUCCAGAUGUUAAUAUAAAAAAUAUUUUGAACAAAAUUAUGAACUCGGUCAAGUCAAAUUUUGUGCAUAGCAAUUGGAACAUAUCCUUUUACGCGUGCAAAAUUUAUGUGUUGUUAAUAUUUUUCCACCUGCCAAAUAAGAAGCAGUACUUGGAGACCAUCCUUGUGCCGGAAAAAGCGGCGAUCGAUUUUAGCACCUACUAUUUUAUGCUACACAUGAGUGAAAUAAGCAAUUUUUAUGAAAUCCUGAAGAGGGAAAAUAUGGCCGAGUGUUUUAAGCAGGUGUAUGAACAUAUGUUAAAGGAUGAGAUUAACAGUUUGCAGAACAUUUCCUACCAGAUAUUUUUUAACCUGUCCAAGCACGAUGACGAGUGUGUAUCCUUUGUGUAUGGCCUGCUUCCCUACUUGAAGCUCCCCCCCAUGACAGUAAUUUCGGUGGAAAUUCACCGGUACUAUUUCAAGGGCCUGCGGAACAUGUUUAAAAGGUGCCCCGGCAUUUACAAGGAAAGCGAGCCCAACUUUUUGCUCGUCUUGGACAACCUCCUCCUGGCCCUCUCCAACACAGUUCAGGUGUUUAAGUCACUGGGAGAAAGCUGCGCAAAGCACGUCCUCGAAAUAAACGACGAAGAUCAACAUAAAGCCAAAAUGGACUUCUUAAAAGACAACCUGGAAGGGACAAAAUAUAAUUUACUGCUUGAACAGGUAAGUCGACUUAUGGCGAAGAAGCACAGCAUAAAAUCGGACUCGGAGUAG